AGAACUGCUGGCCUCCUGACAAGCUGGCUAUUUAGUCUGAGUGAUGAGGUUACUGCAGCAAAAACUGGGUUAAAGUACAUUACUUUUCUGCUGGAGAUGAAAGGCCAGUAAUCCCAGAAAACAGCGCACAGAAAGAGUUGGGCCAGCCAAGCACUUUGUGAAGGCUCAUUUAGACCCUCCGCCGUGGGGUACUAUGAAGAGCCAUGGGGGUGUUGAUGUCCAAGCGGCAGACAGUGGAGCAGGUGCAGAAGGUGACCCUGGCUGUGUCUGCCUUCAAGGAUGGGCUGCGGGACAGGCCUUCCAUCCGACGCACAGGUGAACUUUCGGGGUCUCACCGUGGCACGGUAGAGGGCUCUGUCCAGGAGGUGCAGGAAGAGAAAGAAGCAGAGGCAAGCACCCCAGCACUCCAAGAAGAGAGUGGUGUCAGCCGUGCCGCCUGGGAGAGGCUCCGGGAUGGGCGUGGAGUGGAGCCGGAGGAGUUUGACAGGACCAGUCGUUUCACACCCCCUGCCUUCAUCCGCCCCACCCGGAAGCUGGAUGAUGACAAGCCUCCAGAUAUCCACUUGGAGCCCAGAGAGCCUGUUGUUAAUGACGAGAUGUGUGAUGUCUGUGAGGUCUGGACAGCCGAGAGCCUCUUUCCGUGCAGGGUCUGCACCAGGGUCUUCCAUGAUGGCUGCCUGCGCCGCGUGGGCUACAUCCAAGGAGACAGUGCCGCGGAGGUGACUGAGACAGCAAACACAGAAACAGGCUGGAGCUGCCACUACUGUAACAACCUCAACUUGCUGCUAACUGAGGAAGAAAUGUACAGCCUCACAGAGACCUUUCAGCAGUGUAAAGUUAUCCCCGACUGCUCCCUGACGCUGGAUGAUUUCCUGCGCUACCGCCACCAAACAGCGAAGCGAGGGGACAGUGACAGGGCUCUAAGUGAGGAGCAAGAGGAGCAGGCAGCCCGCCAGUUUGCAGCCCUGGACCCUGAACACCGAGGACACAUAGAGUGGCCUGAUUUCUUGUCCCAUGAGUCCCUCCUACUUCUACAGCAAAUACGUCCCCAGAACUCUCUGUUAAGGCUUCUGACAGUCAAGGAGCGGGAGCGAGCCCGGGCCACUUUCCUGGCCCGGGGCAGCGGGAGCACUAUCAGUGAGGCAGAGUGCCGCCGUGCCCAGCACUCUUGGUUCUGCAAACGCCCCCCAGAUGCUUCUUCCUGCAGUGUCAGCGUCAGCCAUGUGGGUCCCAUAGCAGACAGCAGCCCAGCCAGCAGCAGCAGCAAGAGUCAGGACAAGGCCCCGCUGCCCACAGAGCCUGAGUCCAGAUUUGUGGACUGGCCUACCUUCCUGCAGGAGAAUGUCGUCUACAUCUUGGCUGCUCGCCCCAACAGUGCAGCCAUUCACCUGAAACCCCCAGGAUAGCAUGGAGCAGAAAAGCUCAGUUUGGGGACAGUGGCGUUCUCUCCCUCCUUUACUUUCUCCCAUCCCCCCACCAACCUCUGGUACUGAGACUUAUGGGGAUGGAGCACUGGCCACAUCUCAGUUUGUCACUAAGCUUUAUGGCACUGAAAUCACCGUUCCCAUCACAACAGAGACAGUAAAUGCAUUGCCACAGGGAGAAGCCCUGGGAGCUGUGUCAGUAUCUGCUCCUGGACCACCCCCUGCCCUCACACCGUAGACUGGACCUGCCACUGCACACGUAUAUGUGUGCACACACAUGCACACAUACACACAUGCCUAGCUGGCCAUGCCUGCAGAGACCUGGUUCUUUUUGGUUGAAGAAGGACCAAAGUUCUUUCGUGAAGCCCUUGAUAUAAGCGAGGGGGUCUCUACUCAGCCCUUCUAUUGGCCAGUUCUGAUUCACAAUAGAUCAGUCUCUGGCCAAGUGAUUCUUAAUAAGGGGGCAUAUCAGACUCACAUACUCUCCUAGAGAUGCUGACAGGCUCCCUCUUCCCACACUGAAAAUCCCUUCUGUGGUGAGCCACUGUUCUGGUAGGUGUGUACUAUGUCCCUCAGGUGGGAUGGGGAAAUGGUUGAAAACCACCACUGCACUUAUUAUUUAUUUAUUAUUUAUUUAAAUUCAAUUCCUGGUGACAGAGAAGGCAACUAGUCUGUGAGUCCUAAUUAGAAAAGGGAAGGCAGCCCCUCCCAGGGACCCAGAAUUCUAGGAACCUCUCAGCCAGGUCAUUUCAAGUCCAAAAGUCUUUAUUUAACAGAACAGUCCAAAACCAAGGUGAGCCAUCCUGGCCCCUGUUUUUUAGGUGGGUGCUCAUGGCCCAGAGCCCAGGGGCCUGAAUGGAACAGGUAUGAUGGCAAGAGUCUCAGCCCUCUGGGUUAAGUGCUUCACCCAAGUCAGCUACCACAGAGACCCAAAGCCUGCGCUCCAAUGAGGACAAGGCCUGGAUGGAAGAGGAGAGAAGAAGGCUCAUGCUUUUCUAUUCUUCCAGCUCAGCUCAACUGCAGACCUAGAAAAGUGUGCCAUGGUAUGGAGUACAGAGCCAGCCUUUUUCAUAGCCCAGGAAAGAGCAACUCCACAGAAGCCCUCAAAAGGGAUUCCUUUCAAACCACCUGACAAUGAGGAUAAGACACUGGAGCUAAGAAGAGGAUUUGCAUCUCAACUCUCUUGAACAGAGAAAGUCCCAGCAAAGCCUCACAAGAGAGGUGUUCCCUUCUCCCUGUUACUGAGAUAUGGCCUGAGCUGCUGCUUUUCCCCAUUGCUCACUACAUGUCCUUCCCUACCAGCUUAGGGCCUGGCCCUGGCAUGGGAAGACUUUGGGGGCAAGGAGAGGCUGCCAGAAGGCCACCAAGCCUGGCCUCCCAGCCCCAGCUGUCCUUCCUAAGUUCUCAUUAAAUUCCCCAGUCAGUGUAUGUUACAGGUAAGCACAGGCCCUGGAGUUCAAGUUUCUGUUUCCAAGCUAAUGGCUUAGGUUAGCCAGUUCUGACGACCAAGAGUUAUUUGAGAGGGGGUUGGCUCAGUCAUGCAGAAGUUAACACAACCCCAUUGCUCAAGGCAUUUCUAUAGAAGCAGCAGCAUACAGCUCAGUGCUGCUCAGAAGAAGGCAGGGAGCUGUAACCUGGGGCAUGGUAAGAGCACUAUAUGGUCUCCUCCCUUAGAGUCAGACCUAGAAGCCAGGUAAGAGGCUUCUGAGGUUGGAUUAUUUAGGACUGAAAGGAAGCAUACAGAAGAUGAACUGGGUUCAUGUGUAUGGCUCUGAACAUUUCAAAACCCGCAGUUCUUUGUAAAUACUCCAUAGCCAUACUCCUAAGACUAAUCAGUAGGAGGGGCCAUUAUUCAGUCCAGCCAAAAAAAGAAAAAAAAACAAAGAAAGAAAGAGAAAGCAUAUGACUUUUGGGCCCAAGGACUGCAUCCGAAGCAGCCAGCCCUGGGGUUUUGCACUGAGAUUAAAGCACAUUAAGCACAAGGGCUUUUGCUUACUCUCGGGCAAAUCACCUUCUGUGUCAAUGGCCUUGCGCUGCUUGAUCUCAUGGACAGGGCAUUUUGAGUAAAAACAAGGUCUGGGGCUUCGAGAGCUCGGUAGCUUUUUCUCCUGCCUCGUCAUCAGUCAAAAGGAUUGGCAGUCCAUCUUCUUGUUCCCUGAUCCUUCACAGACCAAGGCGAUGCCUACCUCUCUGGAGCUGCAGCUUCUAGCUUUCUGUGGGUGAGUGGUAAAGACUGGGGACCACUGGAUCAGGCCAGCUGUAUCCCAGGGCCUGGCAAAGCAGACCCCAGAGUUCUUCCACAACAGGAUCUGGCCCAUUUGGGAUCACCCUCUCCCUAUUCCAGGGCGGCAAGCUUCCUUAAUGGGGGUGUGCUGCAAAGGGUCCAGGGGACAUUGCCCUCAGCAAAAGACAGAGUGCCCAGUCACAAGAAUCCUAGGAAGCAGAAAAGCACACAGAAGUAACCAGCCUCUUCUCCAUAGGCAUCUAGCUUUUUACCAAAGGAGGGGUUCCAUUGCUCCCUCAGUCAAGAGUUGCAGAAGCUCUACCCCAAGCCCCCUUCUGAGAUCUCCCUUUGCAGUGUCCUGAUCCACGGAGCCCCCCUCCAGUACAUAUGGAAAUGGUCAAACUUGUAUAAACCUAGUGAAGCCAAUUUCCUUUCCUUUUCAAGCCCUUUCAUCAUUGUGACUGUCUGAAAUUCUGCCAAGUACAGAAAUUAGCGACUGACUCUGAUAAGAGUAUGAGAAAAUGUUUCAGUCUUUUCUUCUUGGCUGCCCCAAAUUGCAGAGAUCAGUUCUUUUCCCAAGCACCACCCGCCCCACCCCCCAGCCAAGGGAGGCUGAGGUUACACAGAUGCUCCUUUGAAGACUACUUGCCCUAAGUCUGUUUUUCACCCAGAAGUCCUCUUUUCCAUGCUCAGAUUUAAAGACAGGGGCAUUUGAUGACACGACGGAGCUUCAGGGACACAGGGUCAGCUGAGGCAAUAGCUGUGGCCAUGUAGCCUCUUUAGGUCUGCUCCGUGGCUUCCUCUCCUGAGAUCAGCCUUCCCCAAUAGAUUCAGCCUCUGUGCUUUUGAGCAAUGGGCCCCUUUGAUCCCAGGGAUGGAGCAGUUUCCUUACUCCUAGGUACCGACCCCUUUCAAGAGCUCUUCCUCUGAGGACAGCCACGGCUGAAGCUAUGAGCACGUUGCCUCUUUCUGUCCUCAGCCUAAGCAACUGUGGCUGCAGGCCAGACACUGGCCUUUCUGGCCCUGGUGCUCCCUAUGGGAUGUCACCCUGGCCUUGUUAGAGUGGCCAAAUAUAGGGGUCCCCCAUUCCUAUCAACAGUAUGGGAAGCACAGAAUCAAACCACCUGGGAAGAGGGCACCUCUCUGGGGGGUGGGCUCAGGAUUGUGCCUAGGCCUCUAAGCCUCAACCUCAACCACUGCAUGUCUCGUGGCUUCAGUAAAGCUGGUGCAAGAAACCAUAAAGGCAAGAGGGAAGCUCAGAAGAAGCUGUAUGGCAGGGUCACAGGCCAGCCAUGACCACCACAGAGCCAAGAGUAACUUUCAGACAGGACUGGUGGCAGGCUCUAGUGAUCCUGCAGGCAUGUCCCCUUUAAACCAGCAGAGAAAAGGCAGAUACAUACUUGGAGUUUAAAAGGCAAAACAACAUUGAUGCCAGAAUUUCAGGACAUCCAGGCAGCACCUGUAACCGUAACCCCUUUUUACCCCUCUAUUUACAGUGGAAUAAAAUUGCUGCUUUCUCCAUGCCACUUAGUUUGAAUUGCCCAGAAUCUCUCUGGGCCCUUAGCUAAAGCCCAUACAACAGAGUUCUUGAUUGGGGGAUAUUAAUGCAUCCUACCUGCUCCGACAGCCCACGCUGGAGUGGGGUGGGACUGGGCAUUUUCUCUGCUGUUGCUUUUCUGCUGCCACUGCUUUUAGCAACCUUGAAAGGAAAGAAAAUGAACAGGUUACAGAAUCUUCAAUAGACCCCACUAGCACUAAGGAAAAACUUUCUUCCCUCUGGGCCAAAUGCCCUGAUGACCCAGAUCAUGGAGAGGGUGUCAGGUCUGCUCAGGCCAGUGACUAAGAAGCCCAGUCACAUUCCGGUUUGUAUAGCAUGGGUUGGCAUGACCACAGAUAAGAACAUCAAUGUGUAAGGAACAAGGCCUUUCCGUAUCCAUGGUGAAACGAAGGCCAUCAAGCCUAGCCUCCUAUAAGAGAUGGCCUCUGAUCUGUCUCCCCACCAAACACAGGCUUGUGAGAAGGGCUCUGAGAGCACUCAAGUAACAAUGGAGGAUCCAAUGGCCUCUGGUCCCUUAUGCCCUUCCUAUGUGCUUUUCUGCGGAAGGUAACUUGACAGUAAGCUGAGGGGAACAUCCUCAAGCCCUGUCUUCCCAUCACUACAGCUGCAUGCUCCUCCCCAUGGCUCAGCCUUCACUCCAGAAGGAGCUGAUGUUCCCAGAGGCUGGGCACAGUGGGAAUCAUAAUAAAAAGAUUGUGAUGCUA